UGCCGUCAGCGCGUAGGGUUGGGUUAGUCCACCAUCUUGGCUCAGGCUAGCUGACUCCUAGCUGAGAGUAUGAGGAGAAUCCGACAGAACCAAAUUUCAGCCGAACCGACCGAACCAGGACUGUCUCACCAAGCGGACCGGAGCUAGAGGCCGGCGGCUCGAGCCGGACCUCCUCUCUCCCCGAAAUAAAGUCCCAGGACCGGAAGGUUUCUGGCUGCUAACUCCCCGGCUAACUUCGGCGUUAAAGAGGAACUGUUGCUCCGGUUCCGUUUGGAUCCAUGACAGUUAUAAACUUCCGGAAAAGGAUCCGAGCCGAGCCGGGACAGGUAACCCAGGGCAGAGACAGGUGAUGCCGCGAGGGAGUUCGUUGAGAUAGAACCGAACCGAAGCCGGAGCAGCACGUCACUUUCUGACCCGCUAAGUUUGAGACAGGUGUUCCGGAGCGGAGCGGAGCGGCGGCGGCUUCAUGACCGGAUCUCCGUUACACUGACCUGGGUAUCAUGUCCACCAGGACCCCUCUGCCCACUGUCAACGAGCGGGACACCGAACAGCAUGCACCGGGGGAAGACGGGCGCGGUGAGGCGCUGCCCCGCCCCGUCCGCUCCGCCCGCUGUAAGAACGCCGCCGCCGUCACCGCGGACGACGCGCCGCACGUGGGAAACUACCGGCUGCUGAAGACCAUCGGGAAGGGGAACUUCGCCAAAGUGAAGCUGGCCCGGCACAUCCCGACGGGCCGGGAGGUGGCCAUCAAGAUCAUUGACAAGACCCAGCUGAACCCAACCAGCCUGCAGAAGCUGCUCAGAGAGGUUCGCAUCAUGAAGAACCUGAACCACCCCAACAUCGUGAAGCUGUUUGAGGUGAUAGAGACGGAGAAGACGCUCUACCUGGUGAUGGAGUACGCCAGCGGAGGUGAAGUGUUCGACUACCUCGUAGCUCAUGGGAGGAUGAAGGAGAAGGAGGCCAGAGCUAAAUUUAGACAGAUCGUCUCUGCAGUUCAGUACUGCCAUCAGAAGCACAUCGUUCACCGAGACCUUAAGGCGGAGAAUCUCCUCCUGGACGCCGACAUGAACAUAAAGAUCGCCGACUUUGGCUUCAGCAACGAGUUCACUCUGGGCGGAAAGUUGGACACGUUCUGCGGCUCGCCUCCGUACGCGGCACCAGAACUCUUCCAGGGUAAGAAGUACGACGGGCCGGAGGUGGACGUCUGGAGUCUGGGUGUGAUCCUCUACACGCUGGUCAGCGGGUCGCUGCCGUUUGACGGACAGAACCUGAAGGAGUUGAGAGAGCGAGUUCUGCGGGGGAAGUACCGGAUCCCCUUCUACAUGUCGACGGACUGCGAGAACCUGCUGAAGCGCUUCCUGGUUCUGAACCCGGGCAAGAGAGGAACGCUGGAGCAAAUCAUGAAGGAUCGCUGGAUCAACGGCGGCGACGAAGACGAGCUGCUGCCGUACGUGGAGCCAGAGCUGGACAUCAGGGACCAGAACCGGAUCGACCUCAUGGUCCAGAUGGGUUACUCCAGAGAGAAGAUCAACGAUUCGCUCUCCAAGAUGAAGUACGAUGACAUCACAGCCACCUACCUGCUGCUGGGACGCAAGGCCGCAGAGAUGGAUGCGGGCGGAGCCUCCUCCCUGCUGAAGCCUCAUUCGUCCAGCAGCCAUUCCCCCGCCCACCUGCUGAGUCAGCGCUCCUCCUCCAAACAGAGGAGAUUCAGCGACCAAGCUGCUGCCAGGAAGGCGGAGGCGGAGGCAAAGCCGGACGCUAACAGGAAGCCGGGUCCCGGGGAGGCGGGCAGCCCGUUGCUAGGCAACGCCAACAACCCCAACGUAGGGGACAUCCCAGAUCGCCGGAAAGCGCCAGCUGCAACCGCUGUGUCCAGCAUGACGAGGAGGAACACGUACGUCUGCAGCGCCACCGACAAGUCGUCCGCCUCCGCUGUCCACAACGGCAAGGAGAACAGCUCCUCCGGCUCGCCUGCUAAGCGCUCGGUGGGCGGGGCCUCCACCCACAGCGUGAGCAGCGGGGCCACGCCCCCCGACCGGCUGCGUUUCCCCCGCGGCACGGCGAGCCGCAGCACCUUCCACGGCGGCCAGCUGAGGGAGCGCCGCACCGCCACCUACAACGGCCCGCCCGCCUCGCCCAGCCUGUCCCACGACGCCACGCCACUGGCCCAGGCCCGCAGCCGCGCAUCGUCCAACCUGUUCUCCAAACUCACCUCCAAGCUCACCAGGAGAGCGCCAUCAGAGGCAGAGAGGAACGGCAGACCGGAGGGGUCCAGCCGUGCCAUGACGUCCGACCAGAGGGAGGAGCCGGCGUCCCCCUCUGCGCCGCACUCCAAGGACGCCAAGCCGCGCUCGCUGAGGUUCACCUGGAGCAUGAAGACCACGUCGUCCAUGGAGCCGGCGGACAUGAUGCGCGAGAUCAGGAAGGUCCUGGACGCCAACAACUGCGACUACGAGCAGCGCGAGGCCUUCCUGCUGCUCUGCGUCCACGGCGACGGGCACGCCGACAGCCUCGUCCAAUGGGAGAUGGAGGUCUGCAAGCUGCCCCGCCUCUCUCUCAACGGCGUCCGCUUCAAACGCAUUUCAGGAACGUCCAUCGCUUUCAAGAACAUCGCCUCCAAAAUUGCCAACGAGCUCAAACUAUAGAGGGACUGGGAGGACUGGGAUAGGAGGAAACAGGAAGUGGUUCAGGUGGACAGACAAGCACAGGAAGUGAUGAACAGAAGGAAGUGACCCAACUGCCGUCUUCCUGUUUUUCUCAGCAGGAUGACUCUGAGCUGUCUGCUGAUUGGUUCCGGCUCGACGCUGUAGGCGGGGACGAGCGGACUUUGCUGCAAAGCAUUCUGGGACUCUGAGUCCGGCUGUUAGCGUUUCCUCUUCAGAGUCUCUGUGUUUUUGUGAAUGUAAAUAGUUUCUCACCUUGUUGAUUUUGUACAUGUGAGCAGUCAGCUGAUCCGACUGCAGCUCAGGCUCACCUGUGUCUCAUUAAACACGUUGAACGCUU